ACUCUUCGAUUUUGCAAACAGCCGAGUAGAACAAACAAAUCUAGAAUUAACAAAUUUUUCCAACAACCGGCAUGCCAAACAAAUCUUCCCAAGCAGACAGGGAGUAACCAAGAAGCAAAUAAUACUUUAUUUGCAAAAAAUAUUAUGUCAGCAGCCAGCAUGCCGACAACCGCAGGAGCUCAGGGAUCGGGAAAUCAAGUACCCACAACCAGCACUACCAUUUUAAGCAACUUCCGGGAGCUGAUCAAGGAGCCGAAGAAUCUCGACGAGGCGGCCAAUUAUCUGUACCAGACGCUGCUCGAUGACGCCGUGGCCGGGAUCUUCAUCGAGACACACCACCUGCGAAAGUCGGGGAACCUGGCCGCCUUGGACGGAGUGCCGGAGGACUCGACUUAUCGCAUCUGCGAGAUGCCCAACCUGGACAUAUUCGGCAUCUCGACGGCCAAGAAGCCAAUGGACUGCACCUGUCCCAACUGUGAUCGCCUGGUGGCCGCCGCCCGCUUCGCCCCGCACCUGGAAAAGUGCAUGGGCAUGGGCCGGAUAUCCUCGCGGAUCGCCUCCCGUCGCCUGGCCACCAAAGAGGGAGCCACAUCCGCCCACCUGCACUCGGCCGGAAAUGCCGGGGGCACCGACGACGAGGACGACGUGGACUGGUCGUCCGAUAAGCGCCGCAAGAAACCCAACCAGAACUCGCGGAACAACGGUUCCAAAAAGAACAAUGGCAAAACCUUUUAGCUCGUAGUAAAGAUACUGAUCUGAGUGUAACUAGCCAUAAAAGAAGACUAUC